AUGGCUCCCGUCGGACUAAUGGCGCGUCUCAAGAGCCUUUAUUCGAAGCAGGAUGAACCCGCGCUGUCAGAUCGGACUGUCAUAUUUCUUUCCGUUCUCCUCACGCUGCUCUACGUGGUCCCAUUCUAUCUUUCUCCGACCACCCGCCCAUCGCCAAGCCUCAGCCGCGAUGCCCCAUCCGUCAUCAGGGCGCGCAUCCGCGCCGUGACAGGUUCCUGCAUCGCCUCGUCUCUUGUAGUCUUCUGGCUCAUCGUUCAGGAGGGUGGGUCCUCCGCCGGUGCGGCGGUACGACUUCUCGGCUGGUGGCCCAUCGGCGUCAUGGAGAUUUUCCGAUCUCUACUACUCACAGCCAUCCUCUUCGUCGGUCCACUCUUUGAGCGCGGGAUUGUGGAAGGCGAAUGGCGAUUCUGGUUCCGUCGCUCCAAGCUCUCCGAGAGUCUCGGUGGCUGGAUCGGGUGGAGGAAUUUUGUCGCUGGACCAUUCACUGAAGAAGUCAUGUUCCGGUCGGCGAUCGUGCCCCUCUACUUGCUGGCGCAUGAAACACCGGGUCGGAUUGUGUUUAUUGCCCCGCUGUACUUUGGCAUUGCGCAUGUCCAUCACUUCUACGAGUUCAGACUCACGCAUCCGGAUACGCCAGCUCUGGCUGCACUGGUGCGCUCGCUCGUUCAGUUUGGGUACACCACCAUCUUCGGAUGGUAUGCGACCUUUGUGUUUUUGCGCACCGGCUCCUUGCUUGCCGUGGUCGUGGUGCAUAGUUUCUGCAACUGGUGUGGACUGCCGCGCUUCUGGGGCCGCGUUGAGGCCGGUGACGCUGUGGGGCCUUCCUUCAGACGUGACAAAGAAGACGACAACACCGAGGAGGGACCUCUUGGUGUUGGGUGGACAGUUGCCUAUUAUACGCUACUGGUUGUUGGAGCCUUUGGCUUCUAUCAAGCGCUGUGGCCUUUGACCGAAUCUUACCAUGCCCUGGUUUCCUUUACCGGGAAGACGGCAUAG